GGGAGUUGAGGACGCGGUGUUUGCGUGCUAACAGCGCAUGUUAGCCACCAAGUCAAACAACUCUAUUUUGCACUAAUUUUUCAUCCCUACAAGAGACGAACUGCAACGAUGGAGGUUCUUGGGUCAAUAAAUAAACCAAACGAUCCAAGCCUGCCUCUGUCCUCUCUUCGCCUCCUGGUUCCUCCUCUGCAGCUCCUGUCUGCUGCUAUGUGGCAGCUGGCGAAGCAGAAAGAUGUGAUGAACUACGAGAAGCUGCAGGAGUUUGUGUUCAUGGUGACGGAGGCGGUGCCCGGCCUGAUCAACCACAGACAGAAAGCCCAGCUCAUCCUUGGCCUCAGGGCAAGGUUGAUUCUUGAGCUGUGCAAAGGCUCCACAUCUGGUUCUGUUGAUUGUCAAGUGAUCCAGAGCUAUUUGGACAGACUCCCGAUAACCGCCACAAACACAGACUACAGGGAUGCAGACGUUAAAACAACAGAGUCUACUUUCAUUGCACUUGUCCAGAGCCUGCUGAAAGAUCCAAUUGAGAGGGCGUAUUUCUUUCAGGAGGUUUUCCCUGUAGAAUAUGGUCCUCAGUAUGAUGCAGCGCUGCACGUGUUGCUGUGGGAGCUGCUCUCAAAGCUGGAGAAGCUGCUUCCAGUUCCAGACCUUAAACAGACUGCUGCCUGGCUCGGCUCUGCUCCGUCUGCUUUGGAGGAAUGUGUUCAGACAUCACCUGAGGAGCUGAGCUUAAUCUUCGAGCACUACAAAGGUUCAGGACUACUGAAAAUGUCGUAUGGCCCGUCUUCCACUGUUGGUAACUGCAUCAUGUCUGCUUUAUCGAUUCCUCCCUCACAAAAGACAAACAUAUCAGUUGGACUAGACUCCGUCCAUAACUACGCCAACAUACUGAACCCCGUCACUUUUGCUGGAGCAGACCAGUACAGCGUCGUCACAGUCUACACUGAGGUGGAAGUCGGAUCGUCCAAGGGGGACGAGGAAAUGAUGGAAUCGGCUGAAGCUCAAGUUCAGACAGAUUUCUACGAAGAGGAGAUUGUGGCUGUGAGUGCAGACAACACUGGCAAUGAGGAGGGUAGCGGCAUGAGGACUGAGGAGCCGAGUGAAACUGUGGAUGUAGCUAAAGCUUUGGAAACUCUGACUAAAACAUUUGCUUUAAGAAAGGAGAGUCUGGGUCAAGAAGCUCCAACAGGCAAGAGCAAUGAUUCAUCCCUUAGCGACAAGCUAGAGUCAGGAAAUGGACCAGAUGAGGGAAAAACACAUGAAGAGCAUGAAAGAAGUGAUCAAACUGAGGAGAAAAGAGAAAACGUUACAGAGCAGGUGAUGGAUGAAUUCCAACCUGGAGGCUUAGAGAGCAAAACGGACUCGUGUACGGACCUGAAGGAAAACCUCUCCAGUGAGGUUUCUGAAACUCCACAGCCCGACUCCUCAGCUAACAUACGCAGGUCCUCACGUCUGCAAACCAAGACGACACCGACAUGGAAGAUAAAGAGGACGACGAGAGGAGUUAAUGAAGAGUCAAAAAUGAGCACAGCUGACGUACCUGUUGCCCCAUCUGUGAUAGCCAUCAAAGGACCUGACAAAGACGAUUCAGAGGAGUUGACGUCUAUCAUUUUCACCUGCUCACAGUGUCCUUUCCAUCACUCAGAUGUAAACAGUCCUCCUCACUUCCACAUGCAGAGUGUUCAGACAGGAGAGUACAUGAACCCCUCAGGAGCCAAAUUUACACCGUCUCCCUCCAGCACUGAUGAAAUAUUUACAUCCAUUAAACUUUUCCCCAAAGAAAGCACAGAACAGAGAAAAGCGGAGCUGCCUGAGAGUCAAAGUAAAGGAGAUGUUUCUCAGUCGCUCGGCAGACAGAAGGCGCUCACAUGUGAAACCUGUGGGAAGACGUUCACUCGGACGUCAGACGUCAGGAGACACCAGCUCACUCACACCGGAGAGAGACCAUUUCACUGCUCGCAGUGUGACCGAACCUUCCAGCACUCGUGGGAUCUGGUGAAGCAUGAAAGUAAACAUCACGGCGUGGCCAUCUCCUUCUCCUGUCAGCUGUGCAGGAGCUCCUUCGCUAAUCUCAGAGCGCUGACCGUCCACCACAAAAAGGCUCACUCAGAGGAGAGCCACCUCCCUCAGAUCUGCUCCAUCUGCAGCCGGAGUUUCCCUUCCCCCUCUGAGCUUCUCGAGCACAGAAAGUCCCACGUCACCACCAAACGCUACAUCUGCCAGAAGUGCGGCGAAGGCUUCGACUCUCUGCUCGCACGCUCCCAACACCGGCAGAUGCACCAAGUGAAGCGUCAGUUUAAAUGCCCACACUGUGAGAAGACAUACACCCGGAGGUCUGACGUGAAGAGGCACCUGUCCACACACACUGGAGAGCGACCUUAUCAGUGCAACCAGUGCAGCAAACAGUUCUCGCUUCGAUUUAUGCUCAUUAAACACCUCCGUGUUCACACGGGCGAGCGGCCUUUCCAGUGUUCCCACUGCCCCAAGAGAUUCACUCUGGUGUCUGUGCUGGCCAGACAUGAGAGGAUGCACACCGGGGAGAAACCGUUCCUCUGUUCUCAAUGCGGGAAAGGCUUUUUGUCACAGGGAGAGCUCUCAAAACAUCAUAGGUCGCAUGUGGAUGACCGACCUUAUGCCUGCUCUCAGUGCGAUAAACGUUUCAAGAGCAAGAAAACCCAACAGGAACAUAUCGUCUCUCACACAGGCGCCCGCCCGUAUCCAUGCACCUACUGCGGGAAAGGCUUCACCAAACCGUACGCACUGACCAGACACAACCUCAUCCACACAGGAGAGAGGCCGUUCCCCUGUGGACACUGCGAGAAGUCCUUCCUCACUCUCAGUGAGGCUCAGCUACACCAGAGGAUUCACACAGGCGAACGGCCGUAUCCCUGCAACAUGUGUGAGCUCAAGUUCAAAAGCUCAUCAGAACUGGCACGACACAAACGCAGCCAUUCUGGCUUGAAGCGGGUGAAGCCGUACUGUGAGCAGUGCAUGAAAGCAUUCGCCUCCAAGGCCAAACUGAAAAAACACAUGGAGAUGCACAGGGGUGAGGGAGUCGCAGCACAAACUGUGGACUCAAAGGAAUAGAAUUAUUAAAUGCAUAGAAGACUUUCUUGGUGGUUAAAACUGUGGAAAUAUUUGUUUCAGAAUGUUUCGGUUUCCAUGUUUAGAUCUAUCAAGUUUAAGAAGUGGAGAUGAACUGAGUCUGUGUAGUCUUACUGUAUGCUGACGAUAUGUUGCUUUCAAUCUCAGUGGUACUGACACUGUUAAAAGAAUUUAAUGACAUAUCUGGCUACAAGGUAAAUUUUGAUGAAUUUGAGGCAAUUCCUAUUGCUAGGAUUUCCCUUUAUUUGAUCAUGCCUGGGCUUUACCUUCCUGGGUAUUAAAGUGUCCCUCAAGAUGAAUGUCCUUCCUAUCAUAUGGGCUGUUAGGAGGGAUCUACAAUGAGCGUCUGGGCUCCCUUUGUUUCUCAUAUGUCUGAUCAGUUUUAUUAAAAUGAAUGUAAAUCACAAA